GAGAGACUUCAUUUUUGGAACGAACAGUAUUCUCAGUAAAGAAUUAUUUUUAAAUGAUUAUGCUCCCAUUAAUUUUUGGGUUUUUCCCUUCCUGAUAUUUCUCUCUUGACUGUUUCUCUUAAUUGAUAAUGCGAAUUUUAUAAAUAAUAUUAAAUGUAGUCACGAUCAGUCACGUUUGAAGAAAAAGUGAAAAAAAUAACGACAAAUAAUUUUUUAAAUUGUUUUAAUCAACUUCAAGUUUGUUUAUAGGUUUAUAAAGGUUUAUAAAAAAAUUAUAGUCCAUAAAGUUUGUCAGUCUACAUUUCUUGAGUUAUUUUUUUUUUUAAUAUUGGCUUAACGAUGCAGGAAGAAAUGCCGGUUUUUAAAUCAAAAACAAUGCAAGAGCCUGGGAUGAAGAAGAGACUGUGGAAAUCUUUAAAACAAAUACAGACGACAGAGAGAAAUUUAUUUGGAAAUACUUCAACGGCAGUUAUUUAUUCGUCUAUAAAUGCUCCACCAUCUUUCAAACCGCCCAAGAAAUAUUCUGAUAUGUCUGGAUUACUAGCAAGCUACUCUUGUCCACAAUCGAAGAUUUAUUAUCAUAACUCGGAGGAAUAUAAAAUAGUAAAGAAAAUGCCAUCAGAUAUUAGUAAAGGAUAUCUAACACUUAGAGGAGCUACAAGUCUGGUUUAAUCUAAUUUAAUCUUCAAAUAUAACAUGUAAAUUAAGAAUGUCUGUCAACUGUAAUAAAUUGCUUACUGACAUUGCAAAGAAGUCAAGCAUGCAUAGCUGUUAAUUCAAUAAAUAAUUAAAAUUCUAGGCAUUUCUCUUUUUACUAUAAAUGAAUCAAGGAUUUAUUUUUUCAUUGAAUGAUUUUUGACUUAGAAAAUGGAAACAAAUAAAUAUUAUAAUAAUCAUAAGUUAAGGUGAAUCGCCAGUACUAUAGGCACAAGAUUUUUGAGUUCAUCACCAUCGCAUGAAUCAGCAUCAAAGUCUAUUCACAUUCUCAAAAAAUUUCUUAAAUGAAAUUUGAAGGAAUGGAAUUAGUUUUUCUAGUUUCUUAAAAAAAUUCUAGACAUUUUUGGGUACAUACUUAAUUCCUCUAUCAUU